AUGAAUUAAGAAGCCGAUCCUGAAUUUACAUUCUCAGGAGUAAUUAAUAAGGAAAGCAAAAAAAUUUACGAUGGUCUAAUGAAAAUAAAGCGUAAUGAUGUUUUGUAUUUAUUUUAAUUUAUAGCCUUUUUAUAUCUGCGUAACUAAUAAGAUAGAUUUUCUUUCAAUNUGACUCCUUAAUUGAAGAUUAAUUAAAGCCUCAAUUUACUGAGAGGGAUAAAAUAAAAUAAUUAGUAAAUAAAAUGA